UCGCCGGCGUCGCGGUGUUAAAGGUCAGGGUUUGGCGCGGGAGGAGGGCGGUUUGUGUGGCGUUGGCAAUGACGAAGCGGGUCAGUCCGUUCGGUGACAUCGCGCCGCUGCAGCGGAAGGUCUACGUGACCCAGAGGGAGCUGAGUGAGGGAGUGUUUGGGGAGAAGUACAAGCGGGAGGUGUACGAAAAAACCAAGAGCUUGCUGUUCAAUGGAGCCCAGGCUUUUAUGGGAGACAUGUGGACUGGUAACUUGGAUGAGAAUUAUUCACUGGAUCCCGUACUUGCUGAGGAUAACUGCAUGAAGGGACCUGAAAAUAUUUGUAAUGGUGGUGAAGAUCAUGACUUGCUCAAAGGGCAGACAUUUCUUGGACAAAAUGGACAACUUCUAAGGGGUUUAUCCUAUUUGCAGAAAUCAUCAAUCAAGGCAGCAGUUACAAACUGUUUCAUCUGUCUGAAGCCAUCCAGUUUCAAGGAACCAUGUUCACGGUGUGACCACUUGCUAUGCCAAGAUUGCACCAAAGUGUGUGACCACUGCACAAAGAAUUUCUGUUCAAUAUGUUCAGUUUCUAAUUAUGAUGCUGAGGAUAAAGUGUUCUGCUAUGACUGCGUCUCAUGAAAGCUACACUAACAGAAGAUUUCUGGACUCUGAUUUGUAUAGGAAUGUUUCACAUUUUUAAGUGAUUUCUACUUGUGUACAAAUGGAAGCAAUUCCACACUGUAAUAUACUGUUUUAAUUGUGUAUUUGUAUAAUAAAACUUUUUAACUGUUUUGCAAAA